AAAAUACUCUUUCUUUCACAUCACAUCAAAUCCUAUUAUUUUUUCUCAUAAAAAUCUUGUCUUUUUUCUAUUGCAACAACACCCACAUAAAAAAGACAAUUAAUUUAUGUAUUUCUUGAUCAUUAAGGGCUAAUUAUGGGCUUAACUUUUAGUGGGUGUUGAAGAAUUAUGUAGCUUUUGUUAUCAAAAUCAAGAUUAGGGCUUUUUUUGUAUCUGGGAUUUUGGAGAAUCUUGAAAUUUUGAUGCAUGGGAUGAUAUAUUUUGAUUUUUGGAUUAAAUUAUGAAAUGGGGUUAAAGAAUUUUUAGACCCUAAAUUGAGGUGUAAAUAAAUUGAGGUAAUUUAUAUAUAUAUAUAGAUCUGAAUUUUGGGCUUUGAAGAAAUAUAAUCAUGGAUCAUAUUGUUGGUGGAAAGUUUAAGCUUGGAAGGAAAAUUGGAAGUGGAUCUUUUGGUGAACUUUAUUUAGGUGUUAAUAUUCAAAGUGGAGAAGAAGUAGCUAUUAAACUGGAACCCGUCAAGACGAGGCAUCCUCAACUUCAUUAUGAAUCAAAAAUAUACAGGCUACUCCAAGGAGGAACGGGAAUACCAAACCUCAAGUGGUUUGGCGUCGAGGGCGAAUACAAUAUUAUGGUUAUUGAUCUUCUUGGACCAAGCCUAGAAGACCUCUUUAACUAUUGCAAUAGAAAGUUCUCCUUGAAAACGGUCCUAAUGCUUGCAGAUCAGUUAAUAAAUAGAGUGGAGUACAUGCAUGCAAGGGGUUUUCUACAUCGGGACUUAAAGCCUGACAAUUUUCUUAUGGGACUCGGUCGCAAAGCUAAUCAGGUCUACGCCAUUGACUUUGGGCUUGCAAAAAAAUAUAGGGAUCUUCAAACUCAUAAACACAUACCGUACAGGGAAAACAAGAAUCUCACAGGCACUGCUCGGUAUGCUAGCGUUAACACGCACCUUGGAGUCGAACAAAGUAGGCGGGAUGAUCUAGAAUCUCUUGGUUAUGUUCUUAUGUAUUUUAUAAGAGGAAGCCUUCCUUGGCAGGGACUGAAAGCGGGAAACAAGAAGCAGAAAUAUGACAGGAUUAGUGAAAAGAAAAUGUUGACUCCAAUAGAGGUACUUUGUAAAUCAUAUCCAUCGGAGUUCAUAUCGUACUUUCACUAUUGUCGAUCAUUGAGAUUUGAAGAUAAACCAGACUAUUCGUACUUGAAGAGGCUUUUUCGAGAUUUAUUUAUUCGUGAAGGCUAUCAAUUUGACUAUGUAUUUGAUUGGACUGUAUUGAAGUAUCCUCAGAUAGGUUCCAGCUCCAGAGGACGGCAUCUUAGUGGUAGUGCAGGGUUAAAUGCAGGAACAUCGGCCGAAAAGCAAGGAAGAACCUCGGCUGGACAAGAUUCCCGUGCAUUAGAAGGAUUCCCGAGAAGAAAUCCAGCUACAGCUGGGCGUUAUGAACAUUCAAGACACAGGACUUCUGAAGACGUGCCUUCAUCAAGGGAUGUGCAAGCCGAUUCUGAAAAAGUUCGAUCAUCUCGAAAUGGGAGCUCUUCGAAGUUUCCUGGUCAUUUGGGAACCAGACCAAGCUCGUCUGGUGAACGUACUGAAGGCCCCUCAAGCCGGAUUGUCUCAAGCAUUGGGGGUCGCACAUCUACUACUCAAAGAGCACAACUUGGCCACGAGACCAAACCAUCGGGAUUUCCUCGUGCCACAAAGGUUGGUCGAGAAGAUCCGCUCCGGAGCUUUGAGUUUCUCCAAAUCAGGAAGUAAAGGUAAAAAGAAAAUUAAAGGUAUUUUUGUCAAAAUGGGUAACUUCUGCCCUUCUGGUCUUCGUUUCUAUAUUUCAGAGAUUUGGGUCAGUUGUGACUCGAGCACUCAUUAUCGUUAUAAACACUAUUGUACGGUUAUAUUUGAAUACUACGGUGGUUAUUUACUCGA